AUGUCUGUUCCUACGAAAUACAUAUUGGUAUCUUUACCAACAUCUAUCUCUCAAUCCAGCGAUAAAGAAGAAGCUUUAACAGCUCUCCGGUCUACAAUCUCCCCCGAUAAUGGGACUACGAUACCAUUCAAGAUCCCCGAAUUCAAAAUCGGUACACUAGAUGCAUUGGUUGGGCAAGCAGAUGAUCUUGCGAAGUUGGAAAGCGCUUGUCAAGGUGUUGUAGCAAAAGUUGGAGAAUCUCUUCGCAAUUUAUUGGAAGGAGAUGAGAGCAAGAUUGCACAACAGAAGACUGUGAAUGAUAAGCCUGCGGAUCAAUACCUACGUACUUUCUCAUGGAAUAAAGUCAAAUAUCGUGCCGACAAACCACUCGCAGAGUUAAUCGAUUCGUUACAAAAGGAACUUGUUAGUAUCGAUAAUGAUGUUAAGGGUAAAAUGAACCAAUAUAACCAAGUCAAGACGAAUCUUACAACAUUACAACGGAAACAAACAGGAAAUCUUUCUACGAAAUCCCUUACUCCAGUCGUCGAUCCCAAAUUACUGGUACAAGAUUCCGAAUACCUCGAAACUCACCUUGUCGUUGUUCCAACAAAUGUUAAGAAGGAUUUCCUUAAGACUUAUGAAACCAUAUCGCCCAUGGUUGUUCCAAGAUCCUCCGUGGAAGUAACCCAUGACGACGAGUUCACAUUAUUUGCGGUCACAACAUUCAAAAAGCAUAGCGCAGAUUUCCAACACAAAUGUAGAGAAAAUAAAUGGACACCCCGUGAUUACAAAUACGUAGAGGGUGGAAAGGAGGUAGAAAGAAAGGAGGCCGAGAAAGUAGAGAAGGAUGAGCGCAAGGUAUGGGGUGAAGCUCUAAGACUUGGUAGAACUGGUUGGAGUGAAGCUGUCAUGAUAUGGAUUCAUGUCUUAACUUUGAGGGUAUUCGUUGAGACGGUCCUAAGAUAUGGAUUACCCCUGGAUUUCGUCUGUGGUUUGGUUAAGUCAAACCCCAAAGGAGCCAAGAAAGCGAAAGCGGCACUUGAUUCGACAUAUGGUUAUCUCGGAGGCAAUGCUUUCGGUCGAGACAAGAAAGGAAAGGCUUUGAAAGAUGAUUCGGCAUUAUCAUCCGAAAUAGCUGCAGCGGGAGUUGGUGGAGGAGAAGGCAACGAGUACACGGCCUAUGUCUAUUACGAAUUCGAAAUCAUAUAG